GUCACGAUGGACAGCGAAAACACCACACUCGACAAGGCACUCGCAAUGAAGCCUGUAGUUCCUGCAGGAUAUGCAUACUUUUGUACGAUCCUGUCCUUUUUCGCCAUCAUCAUGCUGUCCGUCAUCGCAGCACUCUUCAACUAUGGUGCCGCUGCCCUCGUCGACGGUCUUCCAGAAGAUGUGAGUGGUCAGGAUGCUGCAUCUACCUGCAUAGCGACUGUCAUUGUCUAUGUUGUCUUCUUUCUCUUUUGCGGGUCACAAGUAUUCUUGUCAAAGCGGCAAGGUCGCAUUCACUUAUAGCAAUCACAGCCCGGUGACCGAUACGAGGCGGUAGAGCUUAGCGAUCUGCGCCGGUAGCGGUGGAUGAAGCAAGAAACGACACGACAAAAAACUGCAGCGACAUAGCAUUACCUACGCGCUUCUACAAAAGACUCUUUGCCAAUCUUGACUUUGCGUGCAAACUUCAUGAUGAGAGA